AUGGAUGCCAAUCCCACGGUACCUCCCGCGCCCGUUCUACCAGAGUUACCAUACUCCCUUAGGGACCGCAAGAGAUCAAUUGCCCUCUUCUGGACGUUGUUUGUCAUCGACACGCUCGCACAGCCGUUGAUUCUAUAUUUCACCUUGUGGUACUUGACGGAUCUGUCGCAUAACUUGGUGUUUACCAUCAGUACAGCCGCACUGGGGGGUGUUUCGAUUGGAGAAUACUUUUACCGAUUUUGGAUACUGUUCAAAAAGGACUCCGUCUGCCGGCCAUUGAAUGCCCGACGGUCAUGGCUCGACUUCUUUCAGAUCAAUUUCACUUUGGUAUGGGUCAUCCUUGGAGUUGAGUUGAUCAUCGGAACCGUACAGGAAGAACCAUACAUUCGUCUUCUUGCCAUGCCCCUCCCCACGUUCAUGUACUACUUCGGCAUCGUUCACCUCACCCUUGAUUUCCUCCGUGCACGAGGGUAUCAAGCUCCGUUCCGGAUAUCUUCCACGCCAAAAGGCCAUGUCAUGCCCACCGCCCUUUACGUUUUAAUAGAAGAUAUCGUUGCCGUGGACGGUGGUGGCGGCCAAAAGUACCGACGUGCGCUCCGCGAUCGAUACCUAGCCAGCCCAUACUUUCGACAAAUGCUAUUUGAAAUGAACUGUUUCUGGGGCGGGGGCUCCAUCGUCUGGGCCACCAUCAUCACGAUCCUAAUCUUCACCACUCCUCGAGACGUUGCCUAUACCCUCGGAUGGACACUUCCAUUCGUAUGGGCCGGUCUUUGGACCAUCAUCACCAUCCCAUGGGUCCAAGCGGACCUGCGGCGUGAAAAGGCUGCCUGGGCCAAAGGCAAUACCCACGGCGGUGAGCCAUUCACCGACGACAUCCAUGAACCCACGCCUCUUACGAGAUUUGUUUCCGUUUCUGGAAGGCUGGCAUCCAUGCUUCCCUUUCAUAAACCGGGCGCCAGGCGUUUGGACCUUGAAGGGGGCGGAAAUGCUGAUACGGAGAUCGCGAAUACCUCAACCGCCGGCGUGACAAAUCCGGAAUACAAGCAGGAGGGUUAA